AUGCCGGAUCUUACAAGCAGUCUGCUUUCCAAUUGGAAAUGCCUCGCGGCAUGCACCCUCGUUUCCAUGUCGCCGUUCCAAUACGGCAUCGACUUUGGUGCCAUCGGCGGUCUUCAAGCCAUGCGCGGCUUUCUCGAAGUCUUUGGCCAUCCUGAUCCUAUGUCGCCCAUAGGUUACAACAUCUCUCCCGAGCGUCAGCAACUCAUCUCGUCUUUGAUGACACUAGGCGCUUUCAUCAGUUCAAUGUUCGCCGGUGUCUUCGCGAAGAAGCUGGGAAGGCGCCAAUGUCUCUGGCUGGCCAGUGCGCUUUGCUGCGUUGCGAACAUUGUCAUGAUGACUACGACCAACAUUGCGGGGCUGUACUCUGGAAGGCUCUUGAUUGGGAUUGCAAAUGGAUGGUACAUGACAUUCUCGCAGUUGUACAUUCAGGAAUCAGCGCCAGCUCGAUACCGCGGUCUCAUGAUAUCCGUUUUCCAGAUCUGGACUUCGGUCGGCACGCUCAUCGGUACUGUGAUCGACAACGCAACACACGACAUGGCCGGUCGGGACUCGUACAUCAUCCCACUCGGCACUAUCUUCAUCGUCCCGGUCCUCAUGUCUCUCGGCCUGUUCUUCAUUCCCGAGUCGCCACGUUGGCUAACCCUAGUCGAACAGCCAGCACAGGCUGAGAAGGCGCUCUUAUGGAUGCGUCCUCAUCCCGAGAGCGUUCCCGGUGAAGUAGCAGAAAUUCAAGCAGCCAUUGAUGCGGAGAAGGCUGUCAAGUCGAGCGCGAACUUCUUGGACAUUUGGAAAGAUCCUGUUGAUCGUAGGCGCACGCUGUUGGCUAUCGCUGCGGUAUCGACUCAGGCUGCUUCGGGUGCCAUGUUUGUAAUUGCGUAUGGAACGUACUUCUUCCAGAUGGCGAAUGUCGGUAGCCCCUUCAUGAACUCCUGCAUCUUGACGGCCGUUGGUGUCGUUGUAGUCAUGAUUAACAGCAGUGUAAUAUCGAAGAUCGGUCGCCGCCGCGUUUUCCUUAUGACUGGUCUUUCUAUCUGUGGUGUCACGCAACUUAUCAUCGCCGCUGUCUACCACGUAAACCCAGGCACGACUAGCACUGGAAAGGCCAUCGUCGGUCUCUCAGUCAUCUACAUCAUCGGCUACAACGGCAUGAUCGCCGCCUAUGCUUGGCUUUCAGGUGGAGAAAUUCCAUCGCAGCGUCUGCGCUCAUACACGUUUGGUAUCGCAUCGGCAGUCGCUUUCGCAGGUGCCUGGCUCACUACAUUCACUGCACCAUACUUCAUCAACCCUGACUCCCUCAACUGGGGCCCUGAAUAUGGCUGGAUCUGGGGACCAUCUUGCUUCAUCACGGCAGCAUGGGUGUACUUCUACCUACCCGAGAUCAAGAACCGCACUCUCGAAGAGAUUGACGAGAUGUUUGAGGCCAGGCUUCCGGCGCGCAAGUUCAGGAAGUACGUCUGCACUGGCCGUGUCGCAGCUGGUGUUGACGACAAGAUCGAGAGACGCGAUAGCGACAAGGAUGAAGUUGUGCAUCACGAGGUUGUCGGUACUGAGAAGAGUGGCUGA